GCACGGCCCAUGACCGGUGGCUUUGCUUCCCUCACCACCAAUGCCACAAACUCCUCAUUUGCUUAUCACUGAAGUGCAAAAAUUAUUCUUUGUCCCACAUUCUCUUAUAUAUUCUAGAUAUAUACGUCGGUGUCGACCCCAGACCGAAUUGAUCGCAUCCCUUCCACACCCCUUAUCGCUAGCCCUCGCGCAUACCGUACCAAAUUUCUUGAAUACUAUCCUCUCACGAUGGGUUUGUGCGGACGUCAGACGGUUGUCCGCCGGAAGAUGGUGCUGCUAGGCGACGGUGCUUGUGGCAAGACUUCGGCCUUGAACGUGUUCACAAGAGGGUUUUUCCCAACAGUAUAUGAGCCGACUGUUUUUGAAAACUAUGUCCACGAUAUCUUUGUCGACAACGUACACAUGGAAUUAUCGCUCUGGGAUACCGCCGGCCAGGAGGAAUUUGACCGAUUGCGUGCGCUGUCGUAUGAGGACACACAUGUGAUUAUGCUCUGUUUUAGUGUUGACAGCCCGGAUUCAUUCGAGAACGUCGCAAGCAAAUGGGUCGACGAGAUUUCAGAGAACUGCCCCGGUGUGAAGAUGGUCCUCACAGCGCUCAAGUGUGACUUGCGGAAAGACGAAUUUGAGAACCCUAACCCCAAUGCUAUUACGUACGAGCAAGGCCUAGCGAAGGCAAAGGAGAUCGGUGCUGUGAAGUACCUGGAAUGCUCUGCCGUUCAGAAUCGCGGCAUUAUGGAGACUUUCUACGAAGCAGCCAAGGUCGCCCUUGAAGUCAAAGCCCAAGGAUCGAACGGGUCCAAGGAAGGCUGUGUCAUCCUGUAAACGGUUCGCCCGUUGCUGCUCCUAGCUUCUUUUGACGGUUUCAAUCGUUUGUCCGUAUACCCUUUGAUUUGCUUCUUGUCCGUUGCGCCAUUUAGGACUGUCCAAUACGAGCUUCGAAAGUCCCAAGCCUACCGCGACUGAU